AUGCAACAUAUUCCUCUAAAUGUUGGAGGUGUGCUAUGGGACUUAUCCAACUAUCCCUACAGCCCCACCAUUUUCAAGAGCAGACACAGCCUUGCAACGCUGCCAUUCUAUAACUUUCUGCUAUGGGUCCUGCUCGGGGUUUUGACGUUUCCAUGCUGUGUCCAGUGUUUAAUCUUCAAAGUUGGGGUCAUUGGGCCCUGGAACUGCGACCCGGUCUACUCCAAGGCCCUACCUGCGGUGGCCGCUAAACUGGCCGUGGGCAGAAUAAACGAGGAUUUCAGUUUAGAUUUGGGAAGCAAAUUGGACUUCGUGAUCCUGCAAGAAGCCUGUGAAACGUCUAAAGCGUUAACCACAUUCGUGUACUACGAGAACAUGGUAGACGGUUUCGUCGGGCCCACGAAUCCAGGAUACUGUGACGCAGCCUCACUUUUGGGCAAAAACUGGGAUAAAGCUAUCUUUUCCUGGGCUUGUAUUAAUUAUGAGUUGGAUCGAAUCAAGGGCUACCCAACCUUCGCACGGACACUGCCGUCACCUACGCGGGUGUUGUUCACGGUGUUGAAGCAUUUCAGUUGGGCCAACAUCGGCAUCGUGUCUUCCAAUGAGGAUAUCUGGAUGGACACCGCGGUUAAAGUGGCCAACUCCCUGCGGAGCCAGGGACUUCCCGUUGGCAUAGUAGCGUCGGUGGGAAUAAACGAGACUGAGAUGGAAAGCACACUGAGCAGAAUCCAGGCUGCGGGGGAGAUCAAAGGCAAGUGUUUUAAACAACGUAUUUACCUUCUCUUUGCUGAAGUUUUAAAUACUGGAGUGAUACGAGUGAAGUAAGUGCAGGCUAUGCUAUCAAGCCUCACAAGACUGUAGGCCUACACAAAGUUUAAAGGGGUAAUCCGCAGUUGAAACAAUAACAAAGUAUUCCUGCCCCUGUUUCGGAAAUAAACUGAGGGAUGGGGCUGGAGAAAUGUAACCACUUUCAAAUUCAUAGACAAGCUAUGGAUACAAGUACUAACCAUCCAUGAUAUCAACAUUAUAGUUUUAACCAUGUUUUGAGGCUAUAAAGUGUUUGUUUACAUUUACUUUGUUUACAAACAUUGGAGUAAAACAAGCUUCUAUUUUGGGUUCUGAAACAAGCUUCUAUUUUGGGUUCUGAUGGGGUACAACAGUUGAACUAAGCUCAUGAGGCAUUUAUAAGUUAUAUUCUUCUAGAAUCAAUGGGUACAUUAAUUUAUAAUUCCCAAAUGUUAUGUAGCAACUGCAUAUUGCCCCUUUAAGAUAGGGUCAUCUUGGGCAAUGAUGAAUGUUACCUCCACAAGUGUUGAUGAAGUUAUUUCCGACUUGAUUAGGGGUUGUCAGGGUUGUCUCUCAAGUGUGAAUCAAUGCUAUCAUGAAUGAAUCAUUUGUUUGCAGUAGGAUGAUUCAGCAACAUGCACAGAGAUGCAAUUCCUUCAUGCACAUGGUCAUUGCAGGUGUCAACCCCUCACUGUCUCUGUCCUGUGUGUUCCAGUGAUCAUCAUGUGCAUGCACUCUGCUCUGAUUGGUGGAGAGCAGCAGACAGCCUUCCUGCUGAAGGCCCAUGAGAUGGGUCUGACGAAGGGCCGCUACGUGUUUCUCCCCUACGACACCCUGCUCUACAGCCUGCCCUACGCCAACACAUCCUACUUCCCCCUGCAAAACAACACCAAGCUGCGGCAGGCCUACGACGCCGUGCUCACCAUCACCGUGUCUUCUGAUCUGAUGUCAUUCAACGAGGCGUUCAACAUGGCCAAGAGGUUUGAGGAACUCACCAUAUCACUGGUCCCACAGCAGGUGAGGAGGGUGCUUGAUAUUUUCAAUUGUGGGAUGUGAGUGGAGUCCAUCUGAAUUUCAAUUGAUUGUUAUGUUAUCACAUUGUUAUUACAAUAGUAUUAUAAAUAUGCAAUUGAUUGCAUUUAUUGAACAUUGGUUAUGUAGAGAAACACCAUAGUCUUCAGGUCAUUUGAUAUAUAACUUAAUUUUUUGAGUUUUAGAUCAAUUUAUCACUCUCAGUUUGGGAAAGCUAAUUACUUUACCAAAUAAACCAUUUAUCAAUGGCCUCCUUGCGUUCUAGGUCAACCCCCUGUUUGGAACCAUCUACAACAGUAUUUACCUCCUUGCCAAAGCCAUGCACAACGCCAGGAGAGCUGGCCAGUGGCUCUCUGGGACCAACCUAGCUUAUUUCACCAGGAACAUGACGUUCUCUGGCUUCAACCAGAAGAUCCAGAUAGACACUGAAGGGGAGAGCCAGACCAACUAUGUCAUCCUGGACUCUGACGGAUGGGAGGGUCAGCUGUACCGCUCCUAUCUGGUGGACCUGAGCGUUGACAUGGUCCGCUUCGCGGGCAAAUCCAUUAACUUCCCCGGGGGUUCCCCUCCCCCCUCAGACUCCAGCUGUUGGUUUGAACCAAACACAAUCUGCACUGGAGGUAGAGAACCUGUUUCAAAUCAAAUUGUAUUUGUCACAUGCGCCGAAUACAACAGGUGUAGACCUUACCGUGAAAUGCUUACUUACAAGCCCUUAACCAACAAUGCAGUUCAAGAAAUAGAGUUAAGAAAAUAUAAGUUGCUAGUUUGUGUCUUUCAUUCUUCCAUCACCCAACCAAACUAUGUAUUUAGUCUCCAUGUCUUACCUGUGUCUCAGGUGUGGAGAUAACCUACGUCAUAGUGGUGUUUGUGAUUAUCUUCGUUCUGAUCGUGGGAGGACUUGGUCUAAGUCUGUUCGUAAGGUAACUCUUCUCACUGUGCUGUUCAUCUGUUUCUUACUGUAUUUUUAUGCUGUCUAGAUACAUAGAGACUAUAAACCCAGACAGAGAUAGUUGGUAUUGCUGUGCUGUGAUCUUGGCUGACAUGCUCUCUGAUUGUCUGGCAGGAGGAGAAUCCAGCAGAUCCAGUUGGUGAAGGGGCCCAAUCGGAUCCUACUGACUCUAGAGGACCUCACGUUCAUCAACCCUCAGCUUAGCAAAAGGGUAAAUAUAUUUCCCAUGUGAUUCUCUACAACAUUACCUCUAUCUGAUAUACUGUAUGUUCAUUCAUCUAUUUUAUGCCUCAUAGAAAAUCACUCUAGAGGACCUGAGUGACUCUAAAAGUGUGAUAGACAACAACAGUAUGCAUUCAGGAGACCCGCACCACUCUGUGAACAGCAUCACUACAGCAACACAUGAGACCACAAAUGUAGCUGUCUAUGAGGUAAGUUGACGAUGUUGACCGUUGAACCACAAGUCGACUUUUCAUUCCUAUCCCAAAAGAUUUCAACGUGACUUGUAGAGAAUGGAGCCAGGAUAAAACCACAUAUUUUCUUCCAUGGCUUCACAGGGCGACUGGGUGUGGCUGAAAAAGUUUGAAGAAGGCCAUUUCAAGGAAGUCAAGCAGAGCACCACCAAGAUCUUUACAAAGGUAAAAGAGAACAUAACAAUAACAGCAAGUUCAAGCACAAGUACAGUGAAAUGCUUGCGAGCUCUACCCAACAGUGCAGUAAUCAAUAUCUAAAAUAGUAUAACUAAUACAAACAUUUAAAUGUAUUAUACUAUAAAGAUAACACAAGAAAUAAGAAUACAAUGUAUAGAGUCAUGUCUGGGAUGUGAGUUUGUUUUUGUUAACUUUGGGGUCUUCAUUUUGUGUGAAUGUGUCCAGAUGAAGGAUCUGCGAAAUGAGAACAUCAAUCCGUUCCUGGGGUUCUUCACAGACUGUGACAUGUUUGCUGUGGUGACAGAGCAUUGUUCCCGUGGCAGCCUGCAGGACCUCCUGAGGAACGACGACGUCAAGCUGGACUGGAUGUUCAAGUCUUCUCUGUUGCUGGACCUAAUCAAGGUAUGACAUGCUUGAUGUGUCAUGUUACAGAACUUUUUCUACUAGUCUAAUUUGUCCCAAUAAGAUUUUAAAAUAUCUUCUAAAAGCUGUUUUGGCCAGCAGAUCAUGUUAAUUUAAAAUGUUUUUCCGGUACCUUGUCAUAAGUAACACCAAUGGUUUACCAGUGUUGAUCAUAUUGGCCUCUCAGGGUAUGAAGUAUCUGCACCAUCGUGAGUUCCCUCACGGCCGGCUGAAGUCACGGAACUGUGUGGUGGACGGACGCUUCGUCCUCAAGAUCACAGACUACGGCUUUAACGAGCUGCUGGAAUCCCAGAAAUCCCCCCAAAAUCUAGUUCCACCUGAGGGUAACAUCUAUGCCUAGAUCUGCAAAUAUUUUGACAAAAUGUUCACUCUUCCAUAUCAUGUUAAAUCGACAGUGCAGUCACAAACGUGAUUUUACUGUGUUUUAUAUAUAUUUCCACACUAUGAGGUUGAAAUGAUCUUGUGAAAUUUUGAAAAUUAUGUUAAUUCCCUUUUAGUGUAAGAGUUGAUUGAAAAGACUGCCUUAAAUUUCAGCUUGUUUUGCAUGGCUGGGGUUGUGGACCGCCUGGUGACAUCAUAACAAAGAUAGUUUUCCCUCCUCUCUGCCAAUAACAAUUAGUUUUCAGGUUACACAUCCCUCCCACUAGGCUCCUCCAGUUAGGCCCCUCUCUCAGACCACUCCCAGAAAGUCCUAGCAAAAUUCUUGCUUGAGAAAUGUCAUUUUACUAAGAAGCUAUUUUUUUUUGUUUUUGACCAUUUUAAUUGAAAAUAAUCACAGUAAGGUACUUAAUUGUUACCCAGAAAUGAUUUGAUAUUGAGAUCAAAAUGGCUGCAUUGGACCUUUAAAGAUGGACUUGAUGCACAAUCGUUUGUAUUUCUAGUUUGUGAGCAUAAAUCUAUGUCAUUUAAAUGUGCUGCAUUUAACUACCAUGCCAAAAUCGUGACCCUGUGCCUCUCUAUCUCAGAUCAGUUUUGGACAGCUCCAGAGUUCCUCAGAGACGUGGAGAACUCUCGGAAGGGGACCUAUAAAGGAGAUGUGUAUAGUUUUGCCAUUAUACUCCAAGAGGUGGUCGUCCGAGGACUUCCAUAUUGCAUGCUGGGUCUGACUCCUGCGGGUAGGUCUGGGGGAUACAAAACAAGCAAAACCAUACAAUCCACUCUGAGAGGCAAUUUUUUGUUUUACCUUGAGGUCAUUUUUCUGUCAAUUGAUUGAUUAGUUAUACUGGUAUCUAUCGAGUAAUGUCAGAGUUCACAAUACUUUUCCUAUCUACAGUGUAUAAUGUAGCAACAUAUUGUACAUACAGCAUUUCUGCUUUGCUUUGACAAACUGUCUGGUACCAGCUGCCAAUAAGCUGUGUAAUGAGUUGUUAUGCUCCCGUGCUGCUGCUAUAUAACCUCUCUCCCUCCCCAUCAGAGAUAAUCCGUAAGGUGAAGAAGCCUCCUCCCAUGUGCAGGCCCACAGUGGCCCCAGAUCAGGCUCCUCUGGAGUGUAUUCAGCUGAUGAAACAGUGCUGGAGCGAACAGCCUGACCGGAGACCAGCCUUCGAUGAGAUCUUUGACCAGGUCAGCAAUCCUCAUCUGUCUCCAUGGUUACCUGCUGUCAAUGUCAUAGCAGGGUAAUGCAGGGAAUAUGUCUGGGUAAUUAUAGGCUGUGGACAGCAGAAAUUGGUCUGUCAGCACUCAUGGGCCGGGUCCGAAAUCUGUCUUGCCUACUACUUAAUAAAAUGACAUACUGUGUACUAAUCGUAUUACAUACUAUUUAGAACGUACUGUUUAGUAAAAACGAAUGCAGUAUGCAACAAAUAUCAACAUACUAGGCUCACCCAUCCUGAGAAUGUGUAAUCCAAUAAUGAGCAAUUGCAUUGAUUCUCGCCAUUUGUUUAUUUGGGAACAGCGCAUCCCCUUAUCUCAUUAUCAGCAGAUUAUUAGCUGUUGUCAAACACACAUGAGUCUGGAAUAGGGUUGCAAAAUUCCUGGAACUUUCAAUACAUUUCCUGGUUUUCCCAAAAUUCCGGUUGGAGGUUCUCGGAAUCAGGAGUGAAUAAGCAGGAAAUCCAGAAUCCUCCACCCAGGGUUUCUGGAAAACCAGGAAAUGUAUUGAAAGUUCAUGGAAUUGUGCAACCUUAUUCUGAAAAGACGAUUCUCUUCCUCAAAAGUGUGCAGCGAAUUCUACUAGAUGAAAAGACGAAAUUAGUAUAACAUCCUGGUAUUUAAAGCAUAUUUGAUUUUCGAAAUUUCACUUACUAUAAAACUAAAUAUUUUCGCAUACCUAAAAUGCAUACUAUUUAGAACGCUAGUAUGGGUAUUCAGACAAGGACAAAGUCUUGUCUCAUAGCUUUAUGGAUUUUUACAGAGAUCAUAAGUCAUACCUGAUAUUACAUAAUGUAGUGGUGCACCGAUGAUGAUGAUGAUGAUGAUGAUGAUGAUGGUGGUGGUGGUGGUGGUGUUGUGUCAAAGUUCAAGCUGAUCAACAAGGGCAAGAAGACCAACAUCAUUGACUCCAUGUUGCGGAUGCUGGAGCAGUACUCGUCUAACCUGGAAGACCUGAUCAGAGAGAGGACAGAGGAGCUGGAAGUGGAGAAACAGAGGACAGAGAAACUGCUCUCUGAGAUGCUACCUCCGUGAGUCAAGCAUCAUGUUAUAACACACACAGAGACAACUAAAUAAGACAAUUGGCAUCUUGUUAUUUCAAGAUACCGUUCUUGUAUGAUGCCAAGGGUAUUAUCCUUCCAUCACAUGAUACAGUACCGUAUUUUUAACUUUGAAGGAUUGUUUGUUGCUCUGUGUCACGUUACCACUAACACAAAAUGUCCCCUGUCACAUUACAGUUCUGUGGCAGAGGCUCUGAAGACGGGUGCGACGGUGGAGCCAGAGUACUUUGACCAGGUCACCAUCUACUUCAGUGACAUAGUAGGCUUCACCACCAUCUCCUCCCUCAGUGAUCCCAUCGAGGUGGUGGACCUGCUCAAUGACCUGUACACGCUGUUCGACGCUGUGCUCAGCAACCACGACGUAUACAAGGUCAGUUAUAUUUUCACACUACUGAGUUGAACCGAAAUGAGCUGAGCCGAGGCAUCAUAGUUCCUGGAAACGGGUUGGGGUGCCGUGCCAGGGAAGCUUCACAACAGCACAAAUCAAGUGAAUUGAUGAUUUCUUUAGUAUCAACUUGCCAAUGUUUUACUGUAUGCCUGUUUAUUUUCAUUGUGUAGGUGGAGACCAUUGGUGAUGCCUACAUGGUGGCAUCAGGUCUACCCAAGAGGAAUGGCAAUAAACAUGCAGCGGAGAUAGCCAACAUGUCCCUGAACAUCCUGAGCUCUGUGGGCACCUUCCAGAUGCGCCACAUGCCCGGCGUGCCCGUCAGGAUACGAAUAGGGAUACACUCAGGUGAGAGAGGGCAUUAGGUUGUCCCUGCCUGGAAGACACACUCUGAAGUUAGGCCACAUAUUAGCUAGAUGUUCAAUCUUGCUCAAUGGCUGAAUGCCAACGUGAGGUGUUUAUAAAUAUGAAGAGUUUCUUUCCAAAACGCUAUAUAUCAAUUUUCAGAAAUCUUGGUACAUUAGCUUAUAUUGUUUAAAGAACUUAUGAAAGAGAUUGGUGUGUUUUUUCACUAUCUAAUCAUGGCAUGGGGUUGUUCAAUGACAGACAUGUAUUUGUUUAAAAUUUAUCACUUGAUGGUUUCAUUUCAGAGACAAAUAAUCAUGUUUUUUUUGCAAAACACUAUGUAUCCACCUCACUCUUAGAGAAAUACGUUUUAUUGCUAGGAGGUUUUACACAGUCAAAUGUAACAAAUAACUACAGUUUUAAUAAAGAACCGUACAAAUGAUACAUUUGUGACAUCCAUAUUUAAAUGUUAAAAUGUUUUAUCAAUACAGUAAUAUGAGAUCUGUAUGUAAAACAUUAACAUUUGACAUUUUAGUCAUUUAACGGAUGCUCUAAUCCAGAGCGUUUUAUGGUUAGUGCAUUAAUCUUAAUAUAGCUAGGUGCGACAACCACGCAUCACAGUCAAAUAUACAGUGUGCGAACAUUCCAUUCUAGCUAAACAAUAGAUAUACUGUAUAGCGUUUUGCAAAAAUAACUACAUUUGAAUACACACUUAAAAUCUAUGAAUUGGAACAGUAAUAUUUAACACGCACGUGGUGAAAAAACAAUCACACAUGGUGAAAAAACACAAAUGUGAAAAAUGUGUGGAUAUAGCGUUUUGGAAAUAAGCUCUUCAUAUCACAAUCAAUCACUUUGAUUCGAUUUCCUUUUCUAACUGUCUGUACGUGGGGAUCCAUCAGUCAUAAUGAGGGCGGUUGGAGCAGUAGCAGGCCAGGGUUUGGUUUCUCAAUGUGAUGGCUGAGAUGUGAUGCUCAUGUGUUGUGUGUGUACAGGGUCAUGUGUUGCUGGGGUGGUGGGUCUGACCAUGCCUCGGUACUGCCUUUUUGGAGACACAGUCAACACCGCCUCUCGUAUGGAAUCCACUGGGCUGCGUGAGUAUCAGAGGUUCUUGGUGUUGAUUUACAAAACAUUAAGAACACCUUCCUAAUAUUGAGUUGCACCCCCCCCCCCCCCCCUUUUGCCCUCAGAACAGCCUCAAUUCGUCGGGGCAUGGACUCUACAAGGUGUCGAAAGCGUUCCACAGGGAUGCUGGCCCAUGUUGACUCCAAUGCUUCCCACAGUUACAGUGGGGAGAACAAGUAUUUGAUACACUGCCGAUUUUGCAGGUUUUCCUACUUACAAAGCAUGUAGAGGUCUGUAAUUUUUAUCAUAGGUACACUUCAACUGUGAGAGACGGAAUCUAAAACAAAAAUCCAGAAAAUCACAUUGUAUGAUUUUUAAGUAAUUCAUUUGCAUUUUAUUGCAUGACAUAAGUAUUUGAUACAUCAGAAAAGCAGAAUUUAAUAUUUGGUACAGAAACCUUUGUUUGCCAUUACAGAGAUCAUAUGUUUCCUGUAGGUCUUGACCAGGUUUGCACACACUGCAACAGGGAUUUUGGUCCACUCCUCCAUACAGACCUUCUCCAGAUCCUUCAGGUUUCGGGGCUGUCGCUGGGCAAUACGGACUUUCAGCUCCCUCCAAAGAUGUUCUAUUGGGUUCAGGUCUGGAGACUGGCUAGGCCACUCCAGGACCUUGAGAUGCUUCUUACGGAGCCACUCCUUAGUUGCCCUGGCUGUGUGUUUCGGGUCGUUGUCAUGCUGGAAGACCCAGCCACGACCCAUCUUCAAUGCUCUUACUGAGGGAAGGAGGUUGUUGGCCAAGAUCUGGCGAUACAUGGCCCCAUCCAUCCUCCCCUCAAUACGGUACAGUCGUCCUGUCCCCUUUGCAGAAAAGCAUCCCCAAAGAAUGAUGUUUCCACCUCCAUGCUUCACGGUUGGGAUGGUGUUCUUGGGGUUGUACUCAUCCUUCUUCUUCUUUCAAACACGGCGAGUGGAGUUUAGACCAAAAAGCUCUAUUUUUGUCUCAUCAGACCACAUGACCUUCUCCCAUUCCUCCUCUGGAUCAUCCAGAUGGUCAUUGGCAAACUUCAGACGGGCCUGGACAUGCGCUGGCUUGAGCAGGGGGACCUUGCGUGCGCUGCAGGAUUUUAAUCCAUGACGGCGUAGUGUGUUACUAAUGGUUUUCUUUGAGACUGUGGUCCCAGCUCUCUUCAGGUCAUUGACCAGGUCCUGCUGUGUAGUUCUGGGCUGAUCCCUCACCUUCCUCAUGAUCAUUGAUGCCCCACGAGGUGAGAUCUUGCAUGGAGCCCCAGACCGAGGGUGAUUGACCGUCAUCUUGAACUUCUUCCAUUUUCUAAUAAUUGCGCCAACAGUUGUUGCCUUCUCACCAAGCUGCUUGCCUAUUGUCCUGUAGCCCAUCCCAGCCUUGUGCAGGUCUACAAUUUUAUCUCUGAUGUCCUUAUACACAGCUCUCUGGUCUUGGCCAUUGUGGAGAGGUUGGAGUCUGUUUGAUUGAGUGUGUGGACAGGUGUCUUUUAUACAGGCAACGAGUUCAAACAGGUGCAGUUAAUAUAGGUAAUGAGUGGAGAACAGGAGGGCUUCUUAAACAAAAAUUAACAGGUCUGUGAGAGCCGGAAUUCUUACUGGUUGGUAGGUGAUCAAAUACUUAUGUCAUGCAAUAAAAUGCAAAUGAAUUACUUAAAAAUCAUACAAUGUGAUUUUCUGGAUUUUUGUUUUAGAUUCCGUCUCUCACAGUUGAAGUGUACCUAUGAUAAAAAUUACAGACCUCUACAUGCUUUGUAAGUAGGAAAACCUGCAAAAUCGGCAGUGUAUCAAAUACUUGUUCUCCCCACUGUAUGUCAAGUUGGCUGGAUGUCCUUUGGGUGGACCAUUCUUGAUACACACGGGAAACUGUUGAGCGUGAAAAACCCAGCAGCGUUGCAGUUCUUGACACAAACCAGUGCGCCUGGCCUGGCACCUACUACCAUACCCCAUUCAAAAGCACUUAAAUAUUUUGUCUUGUCGAUUCACCCUCUGAAUGGCACACAUAAACAAUCCAUGUCUCAAGGCUUAAAAAUAAUUGUUUAACCUGUCUCCUCCCCUUCAUCUACAAUGAUUGAAGUGGAUUUAACAAGUGACAUCAGUAAGGGAUCAUAGCUUUCACCUGGAUUCACCUGGUCAGUCUAUGUCAUGGAAAGAGCAGGUGUUGUUAAUGUUUUGUACACUCAGUGUAUUUCUGCUCAGGAUGUCUGUAUUAUUUUGCUGGUAUGGUUGUAGUGACAGUGUUAUUUCCUUUCAGCUUAUAGAAUUCAUGUGAACAUGAGCACUGUGAAGAUCCUGCGCUCCCUCAACGAGGGCUACAAGAUAGACGUCAGGGGCAUGACAGAGCUGAAGGUAUAAACACCUCACAAUACAUCAUCCUCUGUGUUCACCUGUAGUAUUUCUUUCAACUGUUUAUAAAUAAAUAAUGAAUAAUGAUGUGUUCCUACAGGGUAAAGGCAUUGAAGAGACAUACUGGCUGGUUGGGAAAGAAAACUUCACAAAGCCUUUACCGACGCCUCCAGAGAUUAAACCAGGGUAAGACCUCACAAUACAGUACCUUAUGUUGAGACACUGCCGAGAACUAAAUUAAUCUUAACAUGUCUACAUUUCAUUUGGUAAAUAUUUGUGCACUGAUUAUACAGCAGUUCUAUGUGUUUAUGUGCAAUAAUUGCAAUCAUUUUCUCAUCAUUCACUGCAUGAGCAAAAUGGAGCCCCAAUGAGGCUGUUUUGGUGGCGUUACAUGUGUUGUCUACUUUAGGGAUGACAAUCAUGGACUCAACCCAGAGGAUAUAGCUGCGUACAAGAGAAAAAAAGCAGCGAAAAAAGCUUGAUUCUUUGAGUCAAAAUCGAGGAGGUAGCUAGCAACUUGCAUGCCGUGCUCUGUUGUGUCAUGGUGGAAAGCUAGUUGUUGUGUGGUGUCUUCUGUUGCAUGUGGUUUGUUGCUUUCACAAUCUGUGGGAUUUUGUUGAGCCCCCCCCCCAUACUGUCCAUCCAUAGUCUCGUGAUCUGAUCUCUUAAAGUCUUGAUCUGAUCUCUUCUCUAAUCUUCUAAUCUUAUCACCUUCAAUACCGUUAAAAGCAGAGCAGAGCUUGACCAUCCCAGAAAAGCUCUAUUCAUUUUGGUUAAUCGAGUGGUUCACCCUCAUUUCCAUCCUUCCUUUCUGCUCACCCUCUCAUUUGAGGCAGCACGUCUAAGACACAGGUGGGGAGGAUGGGCUCAUAGUAAUGGCUGGAACGGAAUAAAUGGAAUGGUACACAUCAAAUACAUGGUUUCCAAUGCGUUUGAUACAACUUAAUUUACUCCAUUCCAGCCAUUAUUAUUAGCCGUCCUCCCCUCACCAGCCUACUGUGCUCUAAGACAUGCUUCUUCUGCCAUGUCAUCUCGUCUCGUCUUGUUUCGCCAAUUGCCUUGUUUGUUAUAAUCAGAUAGGCCUACUAGACUAUUGUUUGAAGUGAAGGUACGUAGAGUUUAAAUGUUUUUGGAUCUUCCAUUCUCAGGGACAACUGGCAAGAGAUGGUGACAGAUGAAAUCAAGACGAUAUUUCGCAAGGCCAACCGGGAGGUGGACAAGCCUAAAAUCUGA